AUGCGCGAAGUCAUUACCCUACAAUUUGGACAAGUAGCCAAUUACGUUGGCACCCAUUUCUGGAACACACAGGAAGAGUACUUUAACUAUUCCACUGAUCCCAACGACAACCUUCCCCCGAAUCAACUCGACCACGAUGUGCUCUAUCGGACAGGACUAUCUUCAACGGGCGUCGAGACCUAUACUCCACGUGUCUUGGUAUACGAUCUCAAAGGUGGAUUUGGAUCAUUGAAUAAGUAUAAUGCAUUGUUUGCUGCACAAGACGAUAUGUCCAUGCCAGUGCAAUGGGAGCAAGGCGUGAAUAAAGUAGUGUCUGAAAGGUAUCCCAAGAAUGCCUACCAGCAGCAGCUUGAUCGAAUGGAACAGGAUCCCAAUACUGCUAUGGAGAUGGAUGCUAUCACUUCUUUGGAUCGAUCCGUACAGACAUGGUCAGAUUACAAUCGAAUUUAUUACCAUCCCCGGUCGAUGAAUCAGAUCACGACGCACCAUAUGGAUGACACUAUCAACCCCUUUGAUGCAUACACCGUUGGCCGACAAUCAUUCAGUGACUAUGAACGUGAAACCGAAUCAUACGAGGACAAUUUCCGGCACUUUGCAGAAGAAUGCGACAAUCUUCAGGGAUUCCAAAUCUUGACCAGUGUGGAUGAUGCAUUUGGCGGCUUUACAGAGGGCAUGUUACAACUUUUACGCGAGGAUUUCCCAAAAACACCCAUCAUGACCUAUGGUCUUCAAUCAUCGAAUAUGCCAGUAAAGGAGCGAGCCAUACAUAGGAUCAUGUUGAACCGAUCCCUUGCAAUGACAAGAAUCCUGGACUUAUCAACAAGCUAUAUCCCAUUGACGACUCCCACAUGGCAACAAAUUCAGAGUUCGGGACUUUCCAAUUAUAUCCAUCCGAAUUGCAAUUUGUUGUUUCAUACCAGUGCUAUACUUUCUGCUGCCGUCGAGACCGUAUCCUUGAGCUGGAGACUCAAGAGGAAUCCUGUAACAAUGGCAGAUUUGACAAGCAAACUCGAUGGACAAGGUUCGACUAAACUUUCAGGUCUUGCUCUUGCACUGCCCUUGCUUUAUGACCAUGAUGGAUUCUCGGCCACCGUGGAUCGUUUCAAAGACAAGCUUACGCCACUUUUAGAUUUAACCAAUUCGGGCAGACAUGAUGUGUCUGCAAGUGUCUUUGCUGAGGAUGUUGUCGUACGUGGAUUACCAAGAUCAACUGUGCAUCCAAGUGACCAAGGGUUAUUCGAUUAUACACGAUCUCUUUAUGGCCAAUUCUCUCAUUGUGAACCACGCUUCAUGGAUCAGGUGCCCUAUCCUCUUCCUACAUCAUACCCACAAUUCUUCUCAUCUCAUUUGAAUGAUUCUGGUUACUUAACGCAACAAAGGCUGGAGACAUCACCUAGCUCAGUGCCUAUUUUGACAAGGAUGUAUACUGGAUCCGAAUUAUCACCUGGGAUUGAACAACUCACGAAACGACUGAAAUCGAUGCCCUUUAGGCAAAUGACAGAGUAUACUGAAGGCGAUUAUGGCAUGUCCUAUGGAGAUUUGCUUGAAGUGAAAGAGGAUAUGAUGCAUUUAUUGGACAUAUAUACACAUGAUGAGGAUACAAUGCUAGAGUAA